CGACAACUGCGCUGCAUCAAGACGAAUCUCAACGACUCGAGAGUACCUUGUGUAGCUGAGAUAGCCCUCGUCCCUCACUCGACAGACCUGAAGAAUAUACAGACACAGUAUCCCGGCUUGUACAUCCUUACUGAUCCUGCUCGUUUGAUCCGUUCUGUGCGGAAUCUCGUAACUAAUUCGGUAGAAUUUAUAGGUACAUUUGAGCAAGUCUACCUAUCCAUAGUCAUUGAUCCCUCGGAAGCGGAGCCCGGAGUUACCAUUCAUCAGGAACUACAUCCAAGCUGUCUAUUUUCUUUUGCGGGAAACCUCAUUCCUUUCCCGGAUCAUAACCAAUCGCCUCGAAAUGUAUACCAAUGUCAAAUGGGGAAGCAAACAAUGGGAACUGCGGUACACUCUUGGCACACGAGAGCGGACAACAAAAUUUUCCUCAAAGUCCUCUCCUCAAACUCGGAAGCUUAUGAGCGAUAUGAAAUGGAUGAAUAUCCGCUGGGAACUAACGCAUGUGUCGCUGUUAUUUCUUACACAGGUUACGAUAUGGAGGACGCCAUGGUAAUCAACAAAUCAUCGUUCCAACGAGGUUUCGCUCACGGAACAGUUAUUAAAGUUGAAAGGAUCAACUUGGUGACAACUACCGAAAAGAAAACACUAUUCCGUAUGGACCCGAAAAAUCCAUACAAAACUGUCGGUUGUGACGGUCUUCCCAUCCCAGGACGACGAUAUUUUGAAGACGAUGUCUACUACGUUACCUACAAUCAGGAUACAGGAUUACAUCAAGCACACAAAUUUCAUUAUGCUGAGCCUGCUUAUUGUGGCAUCGUACGUCUAGUCCACCAGGAUAAUGUCGAGGAAGGCGCAAGGCAUGCAUUAAUUCAAUGGCGCAUCGAAAGAAAUCCGAUCAUUGGCGACAAAUUUGCGUCCAGACAUGGGAUGAUGAUUGAGAGCAUGGCAGGAAAAGCUGCGGCAAUGCAUGGCGACGUCUAUGAUGCUUCUCCAUUUGUUUUCAAUGAAAAACGAACUGCUAUUGAUCACUUUGGGGAACUGUUGGCAAAGGCUGGCUAUAACUACCAUGGAAAUGAAACCUUCUAUUCUGGAGUAGAUGGAAGACAGCUGGAGGUGCAAAUAUUUUUCGGCAUUGUUUACUAUCAGCGGCUGCGACAUAUGAUUGCCGACAAAUUCCAGGUUCGUAUGUGCUCAUUCGACGUUGAUUCCUUAUUC